AAAGCCCAAAAAAGACCUAUAUAAAACUAAAACGCACCGAGGAAAAACCCUAUCGUCGAAGCAGUAGUUGCUCUUGCGCCUCCGUAGCUCUCUGUUUCAGACCUUCGCCGAGUCUCCUCUCGUUCAUUCAUCAUGGGGAAGACACGUGGUAUGGGAGCUGCCCGCAAGCUGAAGGACCACCGUAGAAGGCAAAGGUGGGCUGACAAGUCAUACAAGAAGUCUCAUCUUGGAAAUGAGUGGAAGAAGCCAUUUGCUGGAUCUUCCCAUGCUAAAGGCAUUGUUCUUGAGAAAAUUGGUAUUGAAGCUAAGCAGCCUAACUCUGCCAUUAGGAAAUGUGCUAGAGUUCAGCUUAUUAAGAAUGGAAAGAAGAUUGCUGCUUUUGUGCCAAAUGAUGGUUGCCUGAACUACAUUGAAGAGAAUGACGAGGUGCUUAUUGCUGGAUUCGGUCGGAAAGGUCAUGCUGUCGGUGAUAUUCCUGGAGUUAGGUUCAAGGUUGUGAAGGUUUCAGGCGUGUCACUUCUGGCUCUCUUCAAGGAGAAGAAGGAAAAGCCAAGAUCAUAAAUUUUCUAUUAGAAUUGUUAUCUGUUGUGCUGCUAAAACAUUAUGAUUUAGAGACAAUUUUGUCAGCAUUCGAUGGUCAUUUUGUUUGCCCUUUUACCUGAUCAGAUUCUUAUGUUUUAUUGAUGGAAGUUUAUGUGGCUAAAUAUGAUUGUUUUUAUUUUCUCAAUCAUAAUUUAUACUGUUCUGCUGUUUA